AUGUCCUUCAACUGCUCGUACCUCUACAACCCGAACGUGACGUGCCUCCAACCCAACAACGUCUCCGCCAACGGCGUCGCCUACGUCCUCUUGUAUGAUGCCGAUAUGGCGAAGGCCGGAAAGUGCCUCCUGUCCCAGGACUUGGUCUUCACCGAAUGCGUGACGCAGUCAAAGGAGCGGCGUGCUGCGCUUGGCUUGCCGUCUGGGUCGCGCGCUGUACCCACCCUCGGCCCUCUGCCGCUACUCCUCCUCGUCCUCGCCUUCCUCUCCGCCACCUGCGCGAAAGCAGUCCCGUGCUCAAGCUUCACACCCGACCCCCGCGACACAUGGAACUGGAACGCCACCACUGAGGGCACAGUGCUCAGUGGUGCCGACGAUUGCAGCGUCGCGGCUUGUGGCGGGAACAUCACCAAUACUACGACAAUCAAGCUGGAAUGGGAGGUGAAUACGACAGCGGUAGAGGUCAAGGCCGCGGCGGCAGACAUCGUUGCCACCGUGACCUCGGUGCCAACUGACGGCAUGUGGAUUCUCAACGGCAGGGCCUACCUUAUCGCCUAUGCCCACGCCGUGCAGGUGCAGGGAUGGUUCGAAGGCUGUUCGGACAGACAGAGGUAUCGCGGCUCGGCACUGGUUCCGGACGGCGAUAGGGUCGUCCUCCGCUACGUCUACACGGAUCGGACUCGCCGGCGAUGA